UUGGGGGCUGUGGGCGGGGCCCCGAGCUGCCCCUCAGGCUCCUCACCAUGGGCAGCAAGAUGGCGGCCGCUACAAGGGCGGUGCAGGUAGUCAAGCCACAUACUCCAUUAAUAAAGUUCCCAGACAGAAAAAGUGGUCCCAGACCUAAAAUACAGGAAUCUCUACAAGCAAGUAUGCCAUCUCUCCUUGCUUCAAAAGCACAGGAAUCUGUAGGAGGCACAUCACCAGCCUUUCAAAAUAUUUCACGUGUUAGUAGAGUACAAGGCACACCAGACACUUCUGAAUUAGCAAGAAGUUUACCUCAGAAAUACAGAAGGAGACAAAUGUCAGAUGAAGAGAUUGAGUAUAUUCAACGUGGAGGUCCAGAAUAAAUGUAGAAGAUAGUUUCUUGGCCACUGUUGAAGAAUGAGGUAUUAUAUUCACAAUAAAGGCAUUAAAUUAAAACGCCUUAAUAUUAAAAAUUAUUGUAUACUAAUAGCUUUAAUAAAAUCCCAUAUGAUGGGUGAGAA